AUUCGAAACAACUCUAUCGAUUGCCCAGAUUCCCUGAAGUGUAAUCUUAUUUGGGAAACACGUUAAGGCUACAUCAGUCGUUUAAUGACUGCUUCGAAUUAAAUCCAACAGGCUAUAUUACAUAUUUAUGGCCACCUCUGUAGUAACCACCUAAUCAGUGGGUCCCACACCUGUGCCAAACGACGGGUGCUCAGUGUCCUAAGGACCUGGGGGCUUGCAGGGAUGCCAGGUGGUUUUAGAGGGACCAACAUUUGGUAGCUACAUCACCACAUCUGUCUGGGGAAAACUCAGACAUGUAGCUUCAGUGACCUAUCAGUGUUACAGAAGGAGGAGGAGGUUCUGGGCUGCUCAGAGUAAUCCAGCCCAGGAGGCAUUCCUCUCAGUAGCUGCUUCAGUCUCCAUCCUUCUUCUGCCUCACUCCAGCUCGGACCCCUCCCAUCAUUCCCUAUCUCCCUCUGAGGGCUUGUGGACCCCCUAUUCAAAAGUAGUAGUAAUUCUGUGCUUCACCUGAGCUGCUCCAACAGGAAUUGACGAAAUAACAUUCUUUGGAUUUAGCGUUUUUCUUCACAAAUUCAACAGCUUGAUUCUGAAGCAUCUUAACAAGACUGAAACAGGUAGACCAGGAAAAUCGCACAAUAUAAUAAUCUGGCUGACAUGGAUAUGUUAAUGAGAGGCUUGUCAAAGGCUAAAGAUGGGGUUGUGGCAGCAGCAGAAAAAACUAAACAGGGAGUGGCAGAAGCAGCAGGCAAGACAAAAGAGGGAAUGCUAUAUAUGGGAACAAAAACGAAAGAGGGAGUAGUUCAUGGAGUUACAACUGUGGCUGAGAAAACCAAAGAACAGGUGUCUCAUGUGGGAGGAGCAAUGGUGACAGGUGUCUCAGCAGUUGCACAUAAAACAGUCGAAGGAGCAGGAAAUAUUGCUGCAGCCACAGGACUUGUGAAGAAAGACCAGGCUUCAAGACAUGGUGAAGAGAUAAUCACUCAGGGAGGAAUGAUGGGAAAUACAGAAAAUCCUAUGGAUCCUGAUAAUGAGGCAUACGAGAUGCCCCCUGAAGGGGACUACAAUGACUACCAGUCUGAUGCCUGAGCAUCUGUUCACAUGACACAUAAAUCCAGUGAUGUUUCAUGUCCUGUUUAAGUGAUGAGGUCCGGUGUGCCCCAUUGUGACGUCAUUUUUGAGUCAACACUCUACAGUUUUCCCAUCAAGGUGUUUGGAAUAUCUGUAAAUGAACAACUAUAUUUUCUACUGUUUCCUCCUGCCAAAUUUAGUUUAUUGGUUCCAGAACCUUGUGGAGGGUGGGACAUAGCUACUGCUGCACAAGGCUGUUAUAAGAACAUCUAAAUAUUUUUUGUAAUUCUGAAAUUAUGACUUGUCUAUAUAAAGCAUUUAUGUUUCACUUAAUUCAACACUUUGUAUGUUUGCUAAGUACAGUAUAUAUAUCUUACGCAGAUUUUUGUGGGAAACAUAUUUUACUUAAUAUUUUGAGCAUGGACUAUGCAUUUAUAAAUAGUGCAUGGGAAAUCAUAUCAAUCUGUAACAGUGUUUCAUUGGCACCUGUAAACAAACUGUUUUUCUGUUAAAAAUUAACUCCUUUUUGGAAUUAUGUAUAAAAAAUUAAAUAUGUACUGAGCAGCUUUUAAUCAUUUUUAGGUGCAAUGAUGCAAAUGUGGAAAUAAAUAUGAAUAAAAAGUAUUCACCCAUGUAAUAUAACAAUCACAAAUGACAGAAAAUUGUAGAAGUGUAUAUGCACUACUUUAUGGUGCCAUUUCUGAGGAUUUAAUUUGCUAUGGAAAUAAGUAUAAAAGACUGUGUGUGGAUUUACAGUGCCCCCUGUCAUGUCGCACCCCCCUAAAUGUAUAGUUGUUUGUGGGGACCAACACUGAUUCCCUUUGCAUUGUGUUUUUUUCUUUUCUCCAUAGCUGUACAACUGUGGAGUCAGUAUAUAAAAUUAAGAAAGUUGUGAGGGGCUUGUCCCCCCUUGCAAAAACAGUGUUGUGGUGUAUUGUGUUAUGUAGAAUGUUUUCUAUGAUUUCCAACUCAGUGAAGUGGGUGUUCAUUGAAAUGGGAAUUCAGUUAAGUGAAAUUUAGUCAAAGCGCUUUUCAGUCAAAUUUUUUCAGCCAUGUGAGUUUCCGUCAAGUGUGCUUCAAUGACCUGAUAUGCACCCAUACAUCAUCAUUAUUUAUAGGAGUAUAUGUACAUCAACAGUGUUUAAAUCUAUGGAAACCACAACUGGUCAGACAAAUCACUGGCAAGUGGCACAACAUCUGUACUUGAAUUUAAAGGCUGUAAAUUAAGAAAACACCGAUAUUGUUCAUUGAUCGCUUAAUGAUGCAAUCCAUUGAACCAAGAACUGAAGCUGAUACUUCUGCAGUGUUUGAAAGUACAGCCUUUCUAAAGCCAUGGUCUCUAAAGCAACUAAAGCUUCAAUAUAUACAUUUUAAUGCAGGCAUAUCAAUGCUGUUAUUUGAAAUUAUGAGUAGGUGGGCAAGGAGUUUUUUUUCUUUCUUUUGUCUUUUGAGGAGAUUACAUGUGAAAUAUGAUUUUUAUCAUGAUUUCAAAUAAUGUUUUUUUUUUGACAACUUCAGAAUAUUUCUUUGAAACAGAAUUUUACUUGUGACACUUAAAAUGUGUGAUUAAACUACACCUAUAAAAUAGAAA